AUGUCGUCUUUUUACCCCGGCAAACGCCUUUCCACAAAAGGUGAACGCUGUACAGUACGCUAUGUCGGCGAAGUCAAGGGGAAACAAGGCCAAUGGCUAGGUGUAGAAUGGGAUGAUCCCACCCGAGGAAAGCAUUCUGGAACUCAUGAUGGAAUUGAGUACUUCAAGUGUAGGAGCUCACACCCCACGGCUGGUUCUUUUCUUCGUCCCUCGGCAGCGUGGGAUCAACCAAGGACUUUUCUCGAAGCAUUAAGAACAAAAUAUGCACCUAUCGAAACUGGAGACAACGCAUUCAAUCAAAAUGUCAUCAGAAUCAGCGGCAAAGAAGCUGAAGAAGUUGGUUUCGAGAAAAUUGCACGGCAGCAAGCUCAGCUGCAAAACCUUCGCAUCGUAGUCUUGGAUGACUUGCUUGUCAAGGCCUACGACGAAAACAACACAAACUCCGAAGACAGCCCAAAAUGCAUAUCAGAGACCUGUCCAAACAUCACCGAUCUCGAUCUAGGAAGGAAUCUGUUUGAAACCCUAUCCGAGAUUUCAGAAAUAUGCGAUCGUCUGCCAAAGCUGAAGUUCUUGAGACUAGAUGCAAAUCGUCUGCGAGAUGUUUCUGAGCGAAAAGAGGACUUCAAUGAGACCAAUUCUGGCCUGGCGCAACUUACUUCUGCGAGUGUUGAUCAUAUGCUCUGUAAAGGCAAAGAGCUCGAAACCCUGCUACGCUCAAUGUCAAAUGUCAAAGAGCUGUCGGCAUCGAGCAAUCAACUGGGUUCGCUGGAUGAAUGCAGCUUACCAAACACGUUACACUCGAUCACUCUGGAAGACAACGACUUCUCAAGUCUCGAAAAUGUGCGUCACCUGAAAGACUGCUGUCCACAACUUCGCACCUUGAACCUCAAGAACAAUCAAAUCUCCAGCACUUUCAAGGACCCGCAACAUAAGAGCACCUUCAAGCUACCGGAAACUAUUACCGAUCUGGAUCUUUCAUAUAACAACAUAACUUCCUGGACCAUCAUCAAUGAACUACCGACAGUCUUUCCAGGAUUGAAGCAUUUACGUAUAGCUCAUAAUCCUUUACUCUCUUCUUUACGCUCAGCCGAUGGCAAGCCCUUGACCUCUGCUGACGGCUAUAUGCUCACCAUCGCUCGUCUGCCUCAGCUCGAGACACUGAACUACUCCAAAAUCACCGAGAAGGAGCGACUGAACUCUGAAACAUACUACCUUUCCCAAAUUGGCAGAGAGUUGUCUCUGUCACCUCAGGAAAAGGAAAAGGAUAUUCUAGCAUCUCAUCCAAGGUGGACGCAGCUAUGUGAGGAGUAUGGCGAGCCCAAAGUUGAGCGUCAAGCUGAAAGCAAAAUUGAUCCCAAUUCUCUGGCAGCCAGGCUACUAGAGUGUACAGUGUACUCGCCUGCUGCAGCCGCAAUCCGUGAUUUGCCAAAUGAACACGAUCCGCUUGUGGUUGAGAUACCCAAAUCCUGCAGCAUUUACAAGGUUCACGGAAUCAUCGGUAGGCGUCUGAGUGUCGAGCCCACCCAACUUCGUUUGAUCUUAGAGACUGGUGAGAAAGAUCGCGUGGACAUGGCUACAUGGAAUGGGGUAGAAGAAUGGGAUUCUGACGAAGAAGACGCGGAAGAGGUUGGUGAAGAGUGGAAAGAAAGAGAAGAGGAGCUUAUUCCUGGUACGAGACCAUUGGGCACUUUUGUUGAUGGAAUGGUGGCAAGGAUCAGAGUCGAGCUUAGACGGAGUCGAGAGUAA